AUGGGUGGAAAAGGGGUUGAGGUUGGAGUGGGUGGGAGUGGAGAGGACGAUUUGGUGGCUGGUGGGGUGGAGGAGCGAUUGGGGUUGGGGUGGGUGGGGUGGAGAGGAAGAUCUGGUGUCUACUGGUGGGGUGGAGGAGCAGUUGGGGUUGGGGUGGGUGAGGGUGGAGAGGAAAACUGGGUUGGGUGGGGUGAAGAAGACGAUUGGGUUGGGCAUGGGAUUGGAUUAAAACCAGAUAGAUUCACCUUUCCUAUUGUGCUAAAGGUUUCUGGGCAUUGUUUGAUGAUUGGAACAGGGGGAUCGUUGCAUUCGAUGGCUGUGAAGUCGGGUUUUGGUUCAGAUUUACAUGUGAACAAUACCCUUUUGAGAAUGUAUGCUGGAUUUGGUGUGAUCAGGUUUGCAAGACAGGUGUUUGAUGAAAUGCUUGAGAGGGAUAUAGUUUCUUGGAGUUCAAUGAUGGAUGCUUACGUUCAUUGUAACUUGCCUUCAGAUGCUCUGCUCCUGUUCCAAUGUAUGAAGCUAGCAAAUGAAAAGCCAAAUUCUGUCACUUUGGUUAGCUUGCUGGGGGCAUGUACUCGUAUCCUGAAUAUCAGAUUAGGUAAAUGUAUUCACUUGCACAUUGUUACCAGUGGUAUUGAACUACAUGUUGAGCUGGAAACAGCCCUCCUGGGCAUGUAUGCAAAAUGUGGUCAUAUACAGCACGCUUUCCGCAUAUUCAAUUCGAUGGAUGAUAAAAAUCUGCAGACCUGGACCAUCAUGAUUUCUGGUCUUGCUGAUCAUGGACAUGGAGAAGAAGCUGUGUCCUUGUUUGCCAGAAUGGAAGAAUCUGGCUUUAGGCCAGAUAGCUUAUCAUUUUCUGAAAUCUUGUAUGCUUGUAGUCAUAUUGGCUUUGUUGAUGCGGGCCGUGAAUAUUUUGAAAAAAUGGGAAGUUUUAAUACAUCAGGUAAACUAUGGAACAUUACGGAUGCAUGGUGGAUAUGUUUGGACGUGCUGGAGAAUUAGAAGAAGCUUAUGAUAUUAUAAGGAGAAUGCCUACAGAGCCUAAUUCUGUGAUAUUGAGGAGUUUCAUUAGUGCUUGUAAGCAUCAUGGUCAUAUUCCUUGCGCAGAAGAAAAUAUAAGGGAGAUUCUCCUCAAAAUAGAGCCUGAUCUCGGAUCAAACUAUAUACUUGCAUCUAGUUUGUCUUAUCUUUUUGGUUAUUUCAGCGAUGCGAACAACCUAAGAUCGGCUA